AUGUCCGGUUCCUCGCCCGUGUAUCGGGCCAGCACAACCGCUCCUGUCAACAUCGCUGUCAUCAAGUACUGGGGUAAACGCGACACAGCGCUAAACCUCCCUACGAACUCAUCGCUCUCGGUGACACUGUCUCAGAAGUCGCUACGGACUCUCACGACCGCUUCAUGCUCUGAGACCUACUCCGGUCCCGACUCGCUUAUCCUCAAUGGAGAAAAGGAAGAUAUUCAGUCCUCCAAGAGAACGCAAGCAUGCCUGAAACACCUCCGUUCGCUCCGUGAGCAACUGGAAUCCAGCGAUGCGUCUCUACCAAAGCUGUCGAAGAUGACCCUGCGGCUGGUCUCGGCGAACAACUUCCCUACAGCCGCGGGCCUGGCUUCGUCAGCUGCUGGUUUUGCUGCACUUGUCAGAUCUAUUGCCGAUCUCUAUGAGUUACCGCAGUCACCCCAGGACCUGUCCCUGAUUGCAAGGCAAGGCUCUGGUUCGGCGUGCAGGAGUCUGAUGGGAGGAUACGUCGCUUGGCGUGCCGGCACGAAAGAGGAUGGCAGUGACAGCGUGGCCCAAGAGGUCGCCCCCGUCUCGCACUGGCCAGAGAUGAGGGCUUUGAUCCUGGUCGUCAGCGCCGAAAAGAAAGGCGUGCCUUCGACGGCGGGCAUGCAAACCACGGUCGAGACCUCUACGCUCGCGCCCGCCCGAUUCAGAGACAUCGUCCCGAAGAGGAUGCAAGAGAUUGAAAAGGCCAUUCAUGAGCGCGACUUUGAAACUUUCGCCCGCAUCACGAUGCAGGACUCGAAUUCCUUCCAUGCCAUCUGCCUUGACUCGUGGCCACCCAUCCACUACCUAAACGACGUCUCCCGUGCAGCCAUGAACGCAGUCGAGACGGCCAACCGCAAAGCCGGCAAAUUGAUUGCAGCUUACACGUUCGACGCAGGGCCAAAUGCAGUCAUCUAUUACCUGGACGAACACGCUCAUCAAGUCGCAGGGGUCUUCAAGAACAUCCUACCGAGGGUGUCAGGCUGGGAAGGGGAGUUCGGCGAAACAAUUCGUCCGAACGAGUUUGGGGGUCUCGAGCAGAAGACACUUAUGACGUUAAAGUCGGGCGUGAGUCGUGUGAUUUGUACCGCUGUGGGAGGAGGGCCAGAGAAAGUGGAGCAUCACUUGGUUGAUGAGAGCGGAAAUGCUGUGCGGGAGUGA